UUGAAACGAAACUCUGAAUUUAACCAAGAUGUCUGUGAAAAUGACAGCAGCCCUACUCCUGCUACAGCUGAGUAGCUUCUUUGGAUCUGGCAGUGCUGGGAAGGUGCUGGUGUGGCCAAUGGAAUACAGCCAUUGGCUCAAUUUAAGGAUAAUCCUAGAUGAGCUUGUGAAGAAGGGUCAUGAAGUGACUGUUCUGAGACCCUCAUCUUUCCUUUCUUAUGAGGUUGAUAACACAUCUGCUAUUGAAUUUGAAACAUAUCCUUCAUCAUAUUCCACGGCUGAUGUAAAGGGACUUUUCAUGGAGUCAAUUAGGAAACAAAUUUAUGAGAUGUCAAAGAAGUCAUUUUGGAGAUACUUUUUAAUGUUGCAAGACGUUGUUUGGUUAUAUUCAGACUAUUUUGAAAGUCUCUGCAAAGAUGUAGUUUUUAACAAGGAUCUCAUGACAAAACUACAAAAUUCAAGCUUUGAUGUCAUAGUAUCAGAUCCCUUCAUACCCUGCGGUGACCUGCUGGCUGAGAUUCUCAAGAUACCACUUGUGUACAGUCUGAGAUUCUUUCCUGGCUCCACAUAUGAAAAGUAUAGUGGAGGACUGCCACUGCCUCCUUCCUACGUGCCUCCUGCUAUGUCACAGUUGAGUGAUCGAUUGACAUUCACGGAGAGGGUGCAAAAUCUAAUCUAUGUGUUUUAUUUUGACUUUUGGUUCCAAACAUUUAACGAGAAGAAGUGGAAUCAGUUUUACAGUAAAGUAUUAGGAAGACCCACAACACUCUCUGAGAUGAUGGGGAAGGCAGAUAUAUGGCUCAUUCGAACCUACUGGGAUUUGGAAUUUCCUCACCCUGUCUUACCAAACUUUGAUUAUGUUGGAGGACUCCACUGCAGACCUGCCAAGCCUCUGCCAAAGGAAAUAGAAGACUUCGUCCAGUCUUCCGGAGAACAUGGUGUAGUGGUGUUUUCCCUGGGGUCCAUGGUGGGUGCCCUAACAGAAGAAAGGGCCAAUGUGAUUGCAGCAGGCCUUGCCCAGAUUCCACAGAAGGUUCUUUGGCGAUUUGAAGGCAAGAAGCCAGACACCUUGGGCUCCAACACUCGGCUGUACAAAUGGAUUCCCCAGAAUGACCUUCUUGGUCAUCCGAAAACCAGAGCUUUUAUAACUCAUGGUGGCACCAAUGGCAUUCAUGAGGCAAUUUACCACGGAAUCCCUGUAAUUGGCAUUCCUUUGUUUGGAGACCAAUUUGAUAAUGUUGUUCACAUGAAGACCAAAGGAGCAGGUGUGAGACUGGACAUUCUCACAAUUUCCAGUACAGAUUUGCUCCAUGCAGUGAAGACAGUCAUUAAUGACUAUUCCUAUAAGGAGAACGCCCUGCGGCUAUCAAGAAUCCACCACGACCAGCCCGUGAAGCCCCUGGACAGAGCCGUCUUCUGGAUCGAGUUUGUCAUGCGCCACAAGGGAGCCAAGCACCUUCGUGUGGCAGCGCAUGACCUCACCUGGUACCAGUACCACUCUCUGGACGUGCUUGGAUUCCUGCUUGCCUGCGUGCUGACUGUGAUGUUCGUCAUCACAAAGUGUUGCCUCCUUUGCUGCCAGAGAUUUACUAAAUCUGGAAAGAAGAAGAAAAGGGAGUAGCUGAAGUGGGGAGGCCUGACACAUGGACCUGCUCCAGUGCAUCACAGCAGGGGAGGAUUUCCAUCAUAUCCCUUAGCCACAACUGACCCGGACACUGUCACUACUAUUUCAGCAUUUUGAAGUAGACUUGAACUGUCAAAAGUUUUAUUUACUCUUGCUUCUAAUGUACACACUCAAGACAAGACCAUAAUAUUUGUAAGUUCCAUCAUCACCUAACUCAUAUUGCAUUCCAAAUCUGAAAUGUCCCACACAAGCUCACAAUUUGUUUUGUUAAUUUUUUUAUUCAUUCAGAAUUUCUUAGCUUGAUUUUAUGAAAUAUUAAAUUCAUCUACCAUGAUCGCA